UCGGCAGGGCCCGCGGCUGCUUCGCUGCCACGCGUGGGGCGCGGCGGACGCGGAGCUGCAGCCAUGCUGUUCUGGCACACACAGCCCGAGCACUACAACCAGCACAACUCCGGCAGCUACCUGCGGGACUUGACUAGUGCUCUUCAAAGGGAAAAUGAUGUGCUCGCUCUGCCCAUCUUCAAGCAAGAGGAGCCCCAGCUGUCCCCCGAGAACGAUGCCCGCCUGCCGCCCCUGCAGUACGUGUUGUGCGCGGCCACGUCCCCUGCCGUGAAGCUGCACGAGGAGACUCUGACCUAUCUCAACCAAGGUAGUGGCCGCCGUCCAAAGGGAGCUGACAGGAAACAGAAGACCGACCGGGAAAAGAUGGAGAAAAGAACGGCCCAGGAGAAGGAGAAGUACCAGCCAUCCUACGAGACCACCAUUCUCACAGAGUGCUCCCCAUGGCCGGACAUGGCCUACCAGGUGAACAGUGCUCCAUCUCCAAGCUACAACGGCUCUCCAAACAGCUUCGGCCUUGGUGAAGGGAACAGUUCCCCGACGCACCCGGUGGAGACCGUGCCGCUGGGCAAUGAUCACCUGCUUCCGUCAGCCUCCAUCCAGGACGCCCAGCAGUGGCUGCACCGGAACAGGUUCUCCCAGUUCUGCCGGCUCUUCGCCAGCUUCUCGGGUGCUGACUUGCUGAAGAUGUCUCGGGAGGAUUUGGUCCAGAUCUGUGGGCCUGCAGAUGGGAUCAGACUCUUCAAUGCCAUCAAAGGCCGGAAUGUGAGGCCAAAGAUGACCAUUUACGUCUGUCAGGAGCUGGAGCCGAGCCGAGCGCCACUGCAGCAGAAGCGGGAUGGUGGUGGGGACAGCAGUCUUUGUGUGUACCAUGCCAUCUUCUUGGAAGAGCUGACUACCUUGGAGCUGGUUGAGAAGAUCGCCAACCUGUACAGCAUCUCCCCCCAGCAUAUCCACCGAGUCUACCGGCAGGGCCCCACGGGCAUCCACGUGGUGGUGAGCAAUGAGAUGGUGCAGAAUUUCCAAGAUGAGUCUUGUUUUAUCCUCAGUACCUUAAAAGCCGAGAGCAAUGAUGGCUACCACAUCAUCCUGAAAUGUGGCCUCUGAGCAGAAGUAGCAUGUGUAAAGGAGAGCCUCCCACCCCUAGCCCUGUGGAUUCCCUCGGAUGUAGAGAUUGCCCCACUAUAAGCUGCGGCCUCUCCUGGCAAGCUGUGACCAGGAGGGACUUGGCCCAGUCUGUGAAAACCACGGACCAGUAACCAGCAGAAACCCGGGGGUGCUGUCUCUGGCAUGCAGAAAGCCAGUGGCUCCUCUCUCCCUUCCUCUUGGCCUCCAGCUUUUGAAUGGUUCUUUGUUCUUUGCCUGCUGUUCUAAAGAGGCACAUAGCGGGGACAUCUUCUCUGAAACCCUGCUAGUUCUUUGGGUAUCUUGGUGCCACUGUAUCCUUCUGCCACUCCCCUGCCUCCAGGGAAGGCCCUGGCUCACCCCUAGCCUUCUCCUUGACA